AUGGACGUUGAUACAGAUGCUACUACAUUUACUCCAGAUGCUGCGUUCUCGGAUAGAGUCAGACGGUUCCAGGAAUUUUUAGAUAGUUUUUCUAUCUACAAGGAUCAUAUCAGAUCUAUACAGUCCCAUAAUGCUAACGUGUUGAAUUCUUUGGAUGGGAAAGACUAUUCCGAUGUCGAUUUAGAUCUCGAUUCAGGAGAUAUCGACAAAACUGGUGUCAAAGAAGGUUCACGAGUGAGUGAACCAUUACCUUUGAGAAUCACUAUCUCGUUGGAUGAGUUAAGAGAAUUCGAUAGAAGUUUCUGGUCAGGUAUGCUGAUUGAUCCUUCAAACUUCAUUUUACCGGCUGAAAAGGCCAUCACAGAUUUGGCUUCCUCUAUUGAUGAUCUACCUAAUUUACAGAGCAAUUCCGCUAGCUUGUCAUCUAAGAAAUCCUGGAAAUUGUCAUUCAGAGGUGCCUUUGGUGCUCAUGCUUUAUCUCCACGUUCUUUAAAUUCACUUUUUUUGAAUAAAUUGGUUUCUAUUGAAGGAAUUGUCACCAAGACAUCGCUAGUGAGACCAAAAUUAAUUAGAUCUGUUCAUUUCGCAGAAAAUACAGGUAGGUUCCAUUACAGAGAUUAUACGGAUGCUACCACUACGUUAACUACAAGAGUACCCACUCCAGCAAUCUAUCCGACUGAAGAUUCAGAAGGUAACAAAUUGACUACAGAAUAUGGUUAUUCCACUUUCUUAGAUCACCAACGUAUUACAGUGCAGGAAAUGCCAGAAAUGGCUCCAGCUGGUCAAUUACCAAGAUCAAUAGAUAUCAUAUUAGAUGAUGAUUUGGUAGACACUACAAAACCAGGUGAUAGAGUUAAUAUCAUCGGUGUGUUUAAAUCACUUGGUGCAGGUGGUAUGGAUCAAGAUUCUUCUGCUUUGACUGCGUUCAAAACUUUAAUCAUUGGUAACACUGUGUACCCACUACAUGCCAGAUCCACUGGUGUCGCAGCAAGACAAGCGUUGACUGAUGUUGACAUUAGAAAUAUCAAUAAAGUAUCAAAGAGAAGUGAUAUUUUCGACUUAUUAUCUCAAUCUUUAGCUCCUUCUAUUUAUGGUCACGAUCAUAUCAAACGUGCAGUUUUAUUGAUGUUAAUGGGUGGUAUGGAAAAGAAUUUAGAUAAUGGAUCUCAUUUAAGAGGUGAUAUUAAUAUUCUAAUGGUUGGUGAUCCAUCUACUGCAAAAUCUCAAAUGUUAAGAUUCGUCUUGAACACAGCUUCUUUAGCAAUUGCGACUACUGGUAGGGGUUCCUCUGGUGUAGGUUUAACUGCUGCAGUCACUACUGACAGAGAAACAGGUGAAAGAAGAUUGGAAGCAGGUGCAAUGGUUUUAGCUGAUCGUGGUAUAGUCUGUAUCGAUGAAUUUGACAAGAUGAGUGAUGCCGAUAGAGUGGCAAUUCAUGAAGUCAUGGAACAACAAACCGUUACUAUUGCUAAAGCUGGUAUCCAUACUACCUUGAAUGCUCGUUGUAGUGUUAUUGCUGCUGCUAAUCCUGUUUUUGGUCAAUAUGAUAUCAACAGAGAUCCGCAUCAAAAUAUUGCUUUACCAGAUUCAUUAUUAUCCCGUUUCGAUUUAUUAUUUGUGGUUACUGAUGAUAUUAACGAAAUUAGAGAUAGAUCUAUUAGUGAACAUGUUUUGAGAACUCAUAGAUACCUACCUCCAGGUUAUUUGGAAGGUGAACCAAUUCGUGAAAGAAUUAAUUUAUCGUUAGCUGUUGGUGUAGACGAUGAAGACGAAAAUGACGCUCAGAAUGAAGCCAAUGCUAACGACGAUGACGAAAAUCAAAUUUUUGAAAAAUAUAAUCCAUUAUUACAAGCAGGUGCUAAAUUAGCUAAAAAUAAAGGUAAUCAUAAUGGUACAGAGAUUCCAAAAAUUGUCACCAUUCCUUUCUUAAGAAAAUAUGUUCAAUAUGCAAAGGAACGUAUUCAACCACAACUUACUAAAGAAGCAACAGAUGUCAUUGUUAAGAAUUACGCAGAUUUAAGAAAUGAUGAAAAUUCUAAAAAAUCACCAAUCACUGCAAGAACUUUAGAAACUUUGAUUAGAUUGGCAACAGCGCAUGCAAAAGUUAGAUUAUCUAGAGUUGUAAAUAAACGUGAUGCCUUACUUGCAGUAAAUUUACUAAGAUUUGCUUUAUUAGGUGAAGAUGUUGGUAACGACAUUUUCUAUGAAGAUAGUGAUGCAGAAGAAUCAUUAAUGAAUAGAUCUCCAAAGAAGUCGCCAAGAAAGAAGACCAGAGGAAGUGCUCGUUCAUCCCCAGUUAAAAGUACACCAAGAAAGGGAACAGUAUCGUCCCCUGUCAGCAAUUCAGCGCGCAGAAACUUAGGCAUUGUCGAUAGUGAUUAUGAACAAGACGAACCAAUUAAUAUUGAAGACGAAGAGCAAUUGGAAGAUAGAAUAAGAAGAGGUCUGAGGGUUUCACCAAGACGUAGAGAACAAUUAAGUCAACAAUCUGCAGAAAAUGCUGGGCCAUUGAGCGAUACCCCAAGGCUAUCUAAUAUGUCUAAUUCCACUCACACAACUUCUUUCGAUAUAGAGAAUGUUAGCAACUCUAAAAUUUCAACUGCUAGAUUGUCAUUAUUGUCCGGUAUUACAGCUCGUCUGAUGCAAUCUGGUAUCUUUGAAGAUGAAUCUUAUCCUCUAGAGGGUUUAUUCGGCCUAAUUAAUGAAGAAUUACCUGAUGAAGAGAAAUUCACUGAAGAAGAAUAUAUGGCAGGUUUAAUGAUAAUGGCAGAAAGAAAUAAUUUAAUGCUUGCAGAUAAUAAAGUUUGGAGAGUAUAA